ACGGACUGGCUAGGCGCUGGUGAGGGGGCGGCGGUCCCAGCAGCAGGCAUGCGAGUGGCGGUGCGGCCCCCAGCCCUGCGGCACUGGUUCAGCCACUCAAUUCCUCUCGCUAUCUUCGCGCUGCUGCUGCUUUAUCUCAGUGUUCGGAGCCUAGGUGAGCUGCCCCUUCCCUCACUUGCUCCGGGAGGAAGCCCGGAAUCCAGGCCCUCACGACUCAAGCCUCUUUCUCGAGCCCUCACCGCUCCGCUUCUCCUCUCCCCAGGCGCCCGCUCGGGCUGCGGAUCCAGGGCGCAGCCCUGCGUUCCAGGGGGAACGGCGCCCUUCCAGGUCCGGCAGGAGUCGGGAACCCUGGAGGCCCCGGAGAGGAAACGGCCUCCGUGUCUGGGCCCUCGGGGGAUGCUGGGCCGCAUGAUGAGGCGGUUCCACGCCAGUCUGAAACCCGAAGGGGAUGUGGGGCUGUCGCCGUACCUGGCGGGAUGGAGGGCACUCGUCGAGUUCCUGACUCCCCUCGGCUCCGUCUUCGCCUUCGCCACUAGGGAGGCCUUCACCAAGGUGACAGACCUGGAGGCUCGGGUGCACGGCCCGGACGCGGAGCACUACUGGUCCCUGGCGGCCAUGGCGGCGUGGGAGCGGAGGGCGGGACUGCUGGAGCAGCCGGGGGCGGCCCCCCGGGACCUGACCCGGAGCUCGGGCUCUCGCACGCUGCUCCUGCUGCACCGCGCGCUGCGCUGGUCCCAGCUCUGCCUCCACCGGGUGGCGACCGGCGCGCUGGGAGGCCCGGACGCGGGCGUGCAGUGCAGCGACGCCUACCGUGCGGCCCUGGGUCCGCAUCACCCCUGGCUGGUCCGUCAGACCGCCCGCCUCGCCUUCCUCGCCUUCCCGGGUCGCCGCCGCCUGCUGGAGCUGGCGUGUCCCGGAGCCACCGAGGCGGAGGCGCGGGCCGCGCUGGUCCGGGCCGCCGGCACCUUGGAGGAUGUCUACAACCGCACCCAGAGCCUGCUAGCCGAGCGCGGCCUGCUCCAGCUGGCCUAA